AUGGCAACCACAAGCGAGCCGACGAACGGCUAUACAAACCCCACUUCGCAUACAAAUGGACAAGGCACCGCCCAUGAACUCCCUGUCAUAAUAGCAGGCGGCGGCUGCGUAGGCCUCUUCCUCGCGCUCCUCCUCGCCCACUCAGCCAUUCCAAUCCGCAUCAUCGUCAUCGAGCUCGAGCUUCCAGACCCCACCUCCACCCGCGCAAUGGCACAUCAACCGCCUACGUAUCCCAUCCUCGCACGCGUACCAGGUCUUCUACCCGAGCUUGUCGAAACAGGCUGUUUGUCGUCUGGCCUAUGUUUCCGCACCGCGGCGGCAACUGGGUCGAAAGUGAUUGCGGGGAAGGCGUUUGACAAUAAUAGUGGAGAGGCGGGGAUGAAAGGUAAAGGCCAGCUUUUGCUGCCGCAGGCAAAGUUCCAGGAUGUGUUGAUGAGGCGGCUGGAGGCUUUUGGUGAUAAAGCGCAAGUCAUACUGCAGUCUAGAGUUGUGGGGUUCUCUGAAUCGUCGACGAGCGUAUACGUGCACGUCGAGUCUCGCGCAGGACCAGAAGAGCGGCUGGAAGCACAGUAUCUGAUUGGCGCGGACGGGGCACGCUCUUCUGUGCGGAAGAUGAUGGGUACUGCAUCUCCCGGCGAGACUUUGGACGCACAGCUUGUGGCUACGGACCUACACGGCUUUGAUUUUGCAAAAUAUGGGUUUUACGACGCCAACUUUAUCAUCGAUCCCACCGACUACGGGCUCAUAGGACGCAUCAACAGAGAUGGCCUGUGGAGAGUUAGCUACGGCGUUCCGGCAGGACUGAGCGAAGAAGAAAUCAAACAGGGCGUAGACGACAAGCUACGACGCAUGCUACCAAACGACGGCGUAGACGAAGCGGGACAGAAGGCGUACAGAGUGGUCAGAGUAGCGCCGUACAAGGCGCAACAACGCUGCGCAGACACAUUCUGGAAGGGCAGGGUAGGUAUCGUCGGAGACGCAGCACACCUUACCAACCCGUAUGCGGGCCUGGGUCUGGCAUCUGGCAUCGCAGACGCGUCCUCACUUUCUUCCGUUCUAACUCGCAUUCUUGGCAGCGAAGCCUCGGAUGCGGACAAGUUGCUGGCCUCGUGGUCCGAGGCUAGAAGGCAGAAGUACUUUAGCGUCGUAGACAAGCCCAGUCGAAUGGCGUAUAUGCGCGUUAAAUCGGACGUGGGUACGCCGGAGAAGGUCGAUGCGUUACUGAGUCACGAUCCGCUUGUGGGGGCACUGAAAAAGGGCAUGCCUAUGAUGCCGCCAUCUCUUGAGACGUCGGUUGAGGAGUUGGAGGGUUGGUGA